UUUUUACACUUUGUACGGCGGUACAUACAAUUGCAUACAUAUGCAGUUGAAAAAGCACACAUAUAAUUUAACAGAAAUUGGACAAUAAUAACAAUGUUCAUAUCAUAUGCAAUAUAACACGCUAUACAGAUAACACAAAUACAAGUGUAUACAUACAUACAUAGCAUUGGCAUGUAAAAAUGCAUUAGCCCAAUGUGCAUACGGAAUAUAAGUUAAUAGCACAAAUUGUAUGGGUACAACCUUACAUGCAUACAAAUCCGUACAUAUGUAUGUACAUGCAUUCGUGUACAUAAGUACAUAUGCAGGUAUGUUUUGCAAAAUUCAUGGAAUUCACUCUUUUGUCUUUUCCGAGUGACAAGCGCGUCCUACGGUGGCAUUGAUUUUGUGGCUAACUUCUCAUUCGAGUAGUCGUAACCGCAAACUGCAGACAAAUGUUCCUGUUGACGGAAAUUGAAUCAUACAUACAUGUCUUUGACAGUACAUAGUAAGUAUAGCAAUCACAAGAUGCCAUUGAAUGCUUUCAAAGUGUAACGUGCGACUGACUGUGAAGGACGAACGGGUUUAAAUACAUAUGUAUGUACGUAGGAUAUGCAUACCAUUGUACGUAUGUAUGUAUUUAAAACGCAUGUAUGCAAGUUUAAUCUACAGGAAAUUGUCAUAGUUUUGAUUGCAAUGGACACUUAUCAGAAAUCGAUUGACAACGGGAAAUUAUAUCAAAUAGUAACAGAUACAUAUGUAUGUGUGUAUUAAGUAGAUGUGGCUACAUUUGAACUUUACAAUUCGAAUAGUGAUUAGAAAAACGUUUAUAUAUACUAAGUGAAGAAAAAGAUACGAUUACAAGGCGGACAAAAAACGCUUACCCCCCAAAAAAAAAGCGUAUAAGCGCUUUUGAAUAUGGGCUGUUCAACUUCUGCGCCAACUGUCUUGGAUACAAACAAAGAAGGAACGCUUUCAGCUAACAAAGUUAACGACAACAAGGGCAGUUCAAAUAUGUGUGACAAGGCAAAGAUUGAAGAUAUGGAGGCAAACAAAUAUCCCGCUUCAGAAGCAUUCAUCAUACCACUGAACGACGCGGUCGAAACAAAAGUGUACACCGCUGAUGCGCCAGAAGCAAAGGAUUUACUCGCAGCGACUGUGAAAAAACAACCGCCCAAGCGUAUACAAGAGCUAAUAGAGCAAGCGGCAGAAAAUGAAGCGACCGCUGUUAAUUUACAAAAUUUAGAGGAGAAACUCGAGAAGGCCGAAGAACGUAGAAAGGAAUAUUUGCAACAGAAAAUUGAAACCAUACAAAAAACAACACAAAUGUUGACAAGAAGUAGCAGUAGAGAAUUGUUGGAGAGGGAAAAGCAAGAUGAGCCGGAUGUUGAUGGCCAAAUGGAGAAGGAGCACAAAAAUGACAAUCAUGCUGAAUAUGGCCAGGGGAAAAAAUAGCGGAAACUUCACUUCCAAUUCAAUACAUCCGAUAUGGAGAUCGAUUCGAUGCGUCAAACUGCAUUUGUAAAUGUCACCGGAUGUCGCUUGGUGGGUUGAUAUGGUAUGGUUGAUAUUGGUAUGUAUACCACGGUUGCCACUGUUGGUUGUUUCCAACCAACUUUGGUUUUAUUUAUUUUUAUUUUUAUUUUUGUAGUUUUUUCUCUGCUUUGGCUUUCGUUUUUUUUUAAUUAGAACUUAGCAAAUUUUUUCUUCACAAAAAGUAUUAUUGCAUACCGAAUGCCAAAAAUGAAUAAACGAAUUUUUCAAAUUCCUAUUUUUAAUGUAACAUGUUUUAUAUGCACAUCUAAAAAGUAAAAAAUGUAAUUAAAGCUUAUUUCCAACAAAAUUAGUGAAGUCGUUUUUAAUGUGACUGGUCUAAGACUUACACAACAAUAGUGUUUUAAGGCUUUUGAGAUUGAGAAUACGGGAAAAAUAGUUUCGUUGGAUAAAAAAAUUUCCUUGACAUUUCAAAUGACCUUCAAAGGGAGGAGGUUUUCAAGUUUUUCCUUUUUUGACCUGAAAAUAAUUUGCAGUGAACUUUUUAAAAAGUUUUAACAACACAUUUUUGCUCCUCAUGCUUCCAGGAAUCCUUUUCCAUGGUCGCAGGAAUCGAAAAACGCAUUUUAAUUUUUCUUUAUGAAUUCAUGACUAGCCGUGCUCGUUCUCGAGAUAUUAGAAUUUGUCACGAAAAAAGUUCAAUUUCCACACUGUGUGGCGUUAUUGUCGAAGCUUUUAAAAAUGUUUUACUGUACGAAUCGCAACAUAUUCGGAAAUACGUACAUUGGCUAAGUUCCAAGAGUAACUGAGAAAAUACUACUUUUGGUUAACUCAUAGGUUAUUCACAUUCGAAUGGGUCACACGAGAAUUAUUAUUUUUGACCUAAAAAGAAACUUGACAGGUGGCGCUAAGUGGUGCCGCCCCAUCAAUUCUUUCGAAAAACAUAGAAGUUGAUGUAGGGCUUUAAUUUUUUCUAUGUAAUAUUUGUAGACACAAAUAAGGAAAAAACGAAAAAUGGUCGUGAUUGGUUUAUUUUAAAGCAUACCUCCCAUACAAACCUUCUUCAAAAUCGCCUUAAAAUGCUAUAAAAAGCGCAUCGAUGAGAAUAUAACUCUGAAAUUUCGUCUAUCUGUUCAUAAAUAAUAAUAUUAUAAGUAAACAAACUAAAAAUGGGUAUGGUCGGUUUAUUUUAAAGUGUAUCUCCCAUACAAACCUAACCUCAAAAUCGCCUAGGAGUACCGAAAAAAACGUACCAAUGAGAAUAUGACCCCGAAAUUUUGUCCAUCUGUUUAUAAUACUACGAUAAGGGAACACUCUAAAAUGCAGGAGAUCGUUCGCAACAAAAUUAAAAAAAAAACAACGCCAAUUCGUAAAUUGCACUUAUUCAGAUUAUAAAGCUCAAAAUUUUCAUCAAAAUUUGUUGAAUUUUCCUAAAUUUUGUGGUAAGUUUGCA